CACACUUUGUUUUCAUUUAAAAAGCUUGUAGCGCGUGGAUUUGUUUGUGUCCUGAAGUUAUGCGGUGUUCAGUGAAGCGUGCUCAAUUUUCUUGUGUAUAAAUUUUCAUUUAUCACCAAUUAUUUACUGUGCAUUCAGCCGCUAGUAUACGAAAUUUAUUAUACAUUUUUUUUAGUAAUUUUUUACCACCGUUAUUUAAAUAAUGGCAGAAAACCUAGAUGAUUCAGAAUGUUCAUCGGAAUAUUGUGAUUCCGAAAGUUGCGGAUCUUCUUGUUAUUCUGGAAGUGAUGAUGAGCUUCAGUUUUUUCCAUGGCUAGAAAAAGUGGGAUCAAGAGGUGAACUAUUUUAUAUAGAGCCAAAUUUUACCCAUUUUUCUUAUCAAGAUGCUUGUGUCAUUAACUGUGAUUCAGAAUCCUUGUAUCAAGCAAAUAACCAAAGAAAAUCUAAGUUAAAUCCUGCAGAAAAAUUUAAAAAAUGGAUGAAAAAACGAAAACGUAAAGUGCGAAAAUCCUUUCCUCUUCUUAAGCAAAAUAAAUAUAAUAACCUUGGUGAUAACAUUUUCCUUGAUCCACUUCUUUCAUUGCCAUCCAGAGAUGUAUAUAUAGAUGUGGAUUCUACAAAACAAACUCUUGGUCGUCGAGUGAUGCUUUGUGAAGAAUUGCUUGGAUUAGAACUUGGUUUGUUUGAAGUGACAAGUCAUUGGCCUAUGGAAAAUAAAAUUAAGGUAUUAGGAUUUGUGCUUGGACAUGAUGUAGCUGAUAUAAAACCUGGUGACUGGUUAAUGUCUAUAAAUGAUAUAACAGUCAAUUUUCAUAACCUGGAUGAAGUUUUGAAAGGACUUUCAUUGCCAUCAAGGGUAAAAUUAACUAUUUCCUCUCCGUAUCAUAAGACUGCCUUAAAGUCUGACAAUAUUCCUGAUCAUCAGGAUAGUGGCCUUGAAGAGCUUCUUGGAAGUCCAGACGUAAUAGAUGAAGUGAAAUCACAGUUACUGGGCAUUCCUCAUGGCAUUUUUUAUCUAGUAAUUGAAGAGGAUUCUAUCGGAAACGAAGGUGUAGUCUACAGGUACCCAAGUGAAGAUACUCCUCUUUUCCAGCUUAAAGGAAUGUUCAUUACUCUUAGUCAUAUGAUAUCUGAUAUUGCUUCGCCACCUCUUUUAAGCUGUAGUAUUUCCAUUCAAGACGAACUUGUCCAUGUGAGUUUUGUUAAAGAAGAAACUGGGACAUUCGUUUUGGCGUUUCCUGGAAAAUGUUGUACUGUUUCUGAAUCUCAACAUUUUGUAACGAACUUGGCCAGACUGCUGAAAUUCCAGUUUUCAUCUUUAAAAGCAGCUUUUGCUGAUGAAAAUCUUAAAAAUCAGUUAGACAAAUUUUUUACUAUUUUCUUCAAACAUUACCUGUCUAAGUAUUCAAGAAGGAAGCAAAUGUUUGAAUCGCAUUUACUGGAUAUCCUACCAAGUGUUCAUUGGCUCCCAUUACCACUUGAUUUAAAGGCAUGUAAAACUGAAAUAGAGGACAUUCUCAGUGAACUGGAAUCAUCAGAUUUUGGAAGUUCAUCUGAAGGAUUUGAUGGGAAUCAACGCAUUUAUAAUAUUCUUGGUUCUUGUUUGUUUUAUAAAGGAUAUUUGCUUUGUAACCAUCUUCCAAAGAGCGAUUUGCUGGAUAUUCAUUUAUUUCUUCAUUAUAAUCGAAUUUUGUUUUUGACCAAAAAGCAAACUGUGUCAGAAAUUAUUAUUUGGAAUGAAGUUUUUCCUAGCCGACAUCAAGAACACAAUUUUUCUGACCCUGAUUUCAUUGAAGUGCAAGGUAGAUGGUUUCUACUUAUUGUUGCAAUGCAUCAUUGUGUUCUCUCGGUUAUUUUGGAAGCUGGUGGAUGUGCCCUAAAGGCUGAUGGAUAUCCUCCACCUGAACCGUUUUAUGUAGAAGAAGUUCAGAACACUUUAAUUAUUUUACACGAUUGUGGUAUAACUUCUGCUAUUGAAAAAAUUAUCCAUCAAUGUGUACCACCUGUGUCGCCUCCUCAUCUGUUUCUGAAGGAUAAGAAGAAUUUGUUUUCAUCUAUUUUCUCUAAUGCUUCAAGUAGUUCUUCCUUGAACACAAGCUCUAAAGGCUUUGCUGUCCCAUGUAAUCAAAAUAGUGCCGUGCUUGAAAAAGGGCAAAAGUUCCUGGAAGAUAUAUCAGCUGACAAAGUAGAUGAUCCUGAAGCAGAAAGGCAGCAACUUCUUUUUGCUAUGGGACCUGCUGAUGGAGAGUCUGAUGUGGAUUCUAGCUAUUCAGAUAUUUCAAAUGAAAAUAUGUACAUGAGGCAAAGCUCUAGAAGCUAUAGUUUUUCAACUGGAUCUACAACAGAAUCGUUGGGAAGUGGAGAAUUCUCUAAUGUUCAGGGCCAAACAUUCAAAAGAGCUAUGUCCAACAAUUCAGACCUUAAUACUUUGCACCUGAGUUACGAUAAUUCCUUUCAGGAGAAUACUCCACAUGUUGUUGCUGGCUUCGAAAAUACUUUAUUUCAGUAUCUUCAUAUGGAUCCAGUAGAAGGUGUGUUUCUCGCUCCUGUGCAUGAUAUAUCUAUUCUUCAUGAAUCAAUGCUGAAAGAUAUUUGGGAUAAUUUUUACCGAUGCUGCUUAAACCUUAGAACUGUAUUUGCACGGUCAUUGAGGAAUGAGGAAAUUAUUAAAUCUUCUGCUGUUACAAAAUAUGGAGUGAAUUCAUUUCUACGAAAUGCCUAUGAGCAAGGAGUUCUGUUUCGAUAUACACCUAAAGAUAAUGCAAAACAGAAGAAUUCAAUGACCUUUUGGGUAAUUGGAAGAUUAUUUUUCACUCCCGAACCCCGCGAGCUUUAUGUUUGUUUCCAGGAUUCUGCACAUCAAGAUAUUGUAGAAAUUGCAUUUCGUCUAGGAUUCGGACUUUCACUGUGAUACAUUUAAUAUUUUACGUAUGUAAAUCUGAAAUUGGUUGUAUUUUGUGCAUAUACAUCAUGUUACUUGAUUUUUGUUCUGUCCUUAUAAGCAUAUAUGUUUAUAUUUUUAUACUGUAUCUUAUGUUUUAAAUAAAAACACUCGAAAAUUGCUC